AUGAAAUAUUUCAUCAUUUGCUUUGCUCUAUUUUCAAGUUAUUGUUAUUGUGAACGAUUAUUAGGUGGUUGGAGUACAUCUGAAAAUGAAUCUCUUAAUCGUGAAUGGUUAGAUAAAGCUCUUUACAAAAUUCAUGAUGGAGAAGUUACUGAUGAUAUCAAGUCACAAGUUUCUGAUUUAGUUUGUAAACAACAAGUAGUCAAUGGUCUGAAUAUUAAAUGUACUUUUGCUCUCAAUGGUAAAACAUGGUUAUGUUCGUAUUAUAAAUCAUUUAUCGGAACUCAAGAUACUCAACUUGACGAAUGUAAUGUAAAAGAUGAAGAAGCAUCAGAGGAAAAGAAAGAUUCAAAGGAAACGGGAGAAAAUAAUGAGGAACAAGAAUUUGAAGAACUACGGGUAUCAAAUGACGAUGAAAACGAGGAAAAAAUAAUAACCAUGAAUCAAAAUGAAGAUGAACAGGAUCUAACAACAUUAAAUGAAAAUGACGACGAAGAAAAACCAACUGAAAUCAAUCAAAGUGAAAACAAAGAAAAACCAGCAACACUAUAUGAAGAAGAUGACGAGGAAAAAAUAGAACUUAUGAAUGAAAAUGUGGAAAAGUCAGCAGCAUUAGGUGAAGAUGACGACAUGGAACGACCACCAACAGAAAAUGCAGAUGAAGAGGAUGAUGAAGCUAAAAUUGAUGCAAUCUAUAAUAAAAUCUCCGAAAAAUAUUCAAAUAGCGAAACAGAAGAUGAUGAAUAA